AUGGCAGCUGCGCGAGAUAACCGCAAGUCUGUGUUGAUCACUGGGUGCUCCCCUGGUGGCAUAGGUAAUUCACUCGCCCGCGAGUUUCAUCGAAAUGGUUUGCGCGUAUUUGCAACGGCACGAGAUGCAAAGAAAAUCGAUGAUCUAGCAGCCCUGGGUAUCGAGACGCUAGACUUGGUUGUUGAUGACGAAGAAAGUGUCAAAUCCUGCUACUCCGAAGGGCCGAAGGAGAAUCUUUACUCACAGGCGACGACAGACUACACCGUUCCAUUUGUUGAGAUAGACUUAGGCGAAGCCCGGAGAACUUUCGAAACCAACUUCUUUGCGGUCAUCCAUAUAUGCAAGACCUUCCUGCCAUUGCUCAUGAAGGCAAAGGGCACUAUUGUGAUGAUCGCUUCCCUCUUCGUCAAGAUCAUACCCUAUGUGUUCGGAUCGGUCUACAAUGCCUCAAAGGCUGCGCUGCAUUCUUUCAGUGACACCUUGCGAGUGGAACUUGCUCCUUUUGGAGUAAAUGUCACAACCGUCAUCACUGGGGGAGUACAAUCCCGCAUUGCGCGUACUCAGCGAACUCUCCAGCCAAACUCCCUGUAUAUUCCUAUUGAGGACGAAUACGCUCGCCGUGUGACACAUAGUCCUGUACGGGUCAGCGCCAUGGCGCUGGUUAUGGCCGUGGGCGCAAGGACGAAAGAGCUGGAUCUGGGAAGGCAACAAGAGCUGGGUGAUUUGGUUCCUAUGUGGCGGUUGGGCUUGGACAGGUCUAUUUCAAGGCGUCAUGACGAGGAUGUUCAAGCUCUACAAGUUGAGAAAGACCAUAGGGAAGUAGAAGCAAAGGGAAUUGAAGCGCAAGAGGAUCAUUGCUCGGCUCUAUGGGAGCAGUCAAUCAGACAACGUCGGAGCAUCAUUCAAGUGGUCUAG